AUGGUCAGACAGCUGGCUACCCACACUGUGGUACCCAUAGAAAACUCACAUGGUCAGACCAGUGACCUCUACACUGUGGUACCCAUAGAAAACUCACAUGGUCAGACUGGUUACCCUCACACUGUGGUACCCAUAGAAAACUCACAUGGUCAGACUGGUUACCCCCACACUGUGGUACCCAUAGAAAACUCACAUGGUCAGACUGGUGACCUCUACACUGUGGUACCCAUAGAAAACUCACAUGGUCAGACUGGUGACCUCUACACUGUGGUACCCAUAGAAAACUCACAUGGUCAGACUGGUGACCUCUACACUGUGGUACCCAUAGAAAACUCACAUGGUCAGACUGGUUACCCCCACACUGUGGUACCCAUAGAAAACUCACAUGGUCAGACUAGUGACCUCUACACUGUGUUACCCAUAGAAAACUCACAGGGUCAGACUGGUUACCCCCACACUGCGGUACCCAUAGAAAACUCACAUGGUCAGACUGGUUACCCCCACACUGUGGUACCCAUAGAAAACUCACAUGGUCAGACUGGUUACCCCCACACUGUGGUACCCAUAGAAAACUCACAUGGUCAGACUGGUUACCCCCACACUGUGGUACCCAUAGAAAACUCACAUGGUCAGACUGGUUACCCCCACACUGUGGUACCCAUAGAAAACUCACAUGGUCAGACUAGUUAUUCCCACACUGUGGUACCCAUAGAACACUCACAUGGUCAGACUGGUGACCCCCACACUGUGGUACCCAUAGAAAACUCACAUGGUCAGACUAGUUAUUCCCACACUGUGGUACCCAUAGAACACUCACAUGGUCAGACUGGUUACCCCCACACUGUGGUACCCAUAGAACACUCACAUGGUCAGACUGGUGACCUCUACACUAUGGUACCCAUAGAAAACUCACAUGGUCAGACUAGUUACCCCCACACUGUGGUACCCAUAGAAAACUCACAUGGUCAGACUGGUGACCCCCACACUGUGGUACCCAUAGAAAACUCACAUGGUCAGACUAGUUACCCCCACACUGUGGUACCCAUAGAAAACUCACAUGGUCAGACUAGUUACCCCCACACUGUGGUACCCAUAGAAAACUCACAUGGUCAGACUGGUGACCCCCACACUGUGGUACCCAUAGAAAACUCACAUGGUCAGACUGGUGACCUCUACACUGUGGUACCCAUAGAAAACUCACAUGGUCAGACUGGUGACCCCCACACUGUGGUACCCAUAGAAAACUCACAUGGUCAGACUGGUGACCUCUACACUGUGGUACCCAUAGAAAACUCACAUGGUCAGACCAGUGACCUCUACACUGUGGUACCCAUAGAAAACUCACAUGGUCAGACCAGUGACCUCUACACUGUGGUACCCAUAGAAAACUCACAUGGUCAGACUGGUUACCCCCACACUGUGGUACCCAUAGAAAACUCACAUGGUCAGACUGGUUACCCCCACACUGUGGUACCCAUAGAAAACUCACAUGGUCAGACUGGUUACCCCCACACUGUGGAACCAAAAAACAAGUGCAAUCAAUGA